AUGGCUCUGUUUAUUUUACAAAGCAACAAAUUUUAUGCUUUAAAAAAUGAAUUAGUAGAGAAGGAAGUGUUGAAUGAAGAAUUUGAAACAUUGAACGAAAUUCUAACCGUUAAAGAACGAGAGUUAAAUAAUGAGUUACAAGAUGCUCGAAAAUCAAUGAUUAACCUAUUAAAGUCCUGUUAUCAAAACGAUGAAAACGAUGUCAGUCAUAUAAGUAGUAUUCCCCUCUCCUUUCAUCUCCCGGAGGAUAAACUUAUUUGGCACCAUGAAUCAAAUGGAGAGUAUUCUGUCAGGUCCGCUUAUCACAUUCAAGGAGGGAUGCGUAACACAGACAGACCCGGAUCCUCCUCUCUGGAUUAUCACGGCUUUUGGAAGCAGUUGUGGAAACUCAAAGUGAACCCAAAGAUUAAGAAUUUCAUGUGGAGAGUCAUUAAGAACAUUCUGCCGACAAAGGAGAAUUUGCGAAAUAAAGGAGUUGUGACUGAUGGUAUGUGCCCUCUCUAUAAUUCUGAAGCUGAAAGUACCUGCCAUCUCUUCCUUCGUUGCGCCUUUGUUAAAAAAGUCCUUUUUUCCAGUCCAUUGGGAAUUCGACUUCCAGAGGCAGGUGAUAUUGCAGAUUGGUUGGAUGAUAUUUUUAAGAAGAAUGAUUUUAAACUUGGGCAACUGAUUGCUACCUUUCUGUGGAAAAUUUGGAAAGUAAGAAAUUGUGUGAUUUUCAAGGAGGCAAAGCCAGAUCCGUGUGUGGUAGCGAUGGAUAUUUGGCAUACUGUAAAUGAGGAUUUUCUGUUUUGUUCUCCUGCAGGGCCUCAUCAAAGACAGGUCGCGGCCAUGGAUAGAAACCCGAAGGGAUGGGUGGUGCAAACUGAUGCUGGAUGUUUCAAAGAAGGAAUUAUUUAUUUCGGUUGUGUCAUUCGUGAUCCCACUUCCAGUAUUUUUCUCGCUGCUACAAAGAGACGUCCUAGUGUUACAAAUCCCGCAAAUGCAGAAAUAAUGGCUAUUCGAUGGGCCCUUUAA